AUGCCUUCCAAGAUUCGAGAUAAUAGCGCCGAGCGGCGACGCGAGAAAAAGGAGUCGUCGCGAUCAGAAAAGGACAGAAGAGAACGAGAUCGAGAGCGAGACCGGGACCGAGAAAGAGAUCGGGACAAAGAUCGUGACCGAGACAGAGACAGAGAGAGGGACAGAGAUAAGGACAAGGAAAAACAUCGGUCUCAUCAUCGCAAAGCUUCUGUCCGAGAAAAGACAUCCUCAAGGACAUCCAUCUCCCCGGUCAAUGAAAAGAGGCGGUCCUCCAUGCCGGGAAAAGUCGAAGAUGUCCCCGUCAAAUCGGACUCCAAGUCCAGCUUACCGUAUCCUUCAUUCUCCAGAGAACAUAGCCGCGAAGCCGUUGGGUUGGCAGGUCACCCGGUCCUCAACGUCUUUACUCCUCCUGCGACCGAUCUGAACGCUUCCAAGGACAAACUACCCUCGAGGCAUUCUGCUGCUGCUGCGAAUGAUGCGCCGCCCAGUCCGCCGCUUACCGACAAGACCUCGGGGACGGCGAAAUGGAAAUCCAAUAUCGGCAGACCCGUGUCAGUCGAGACCAUCCAGGAAGAAGAAAAAGGCUCUCAGACCGACGGAGACGUGAAGAUCACGAGCAAGGCACGCCUUAUACCAAAAACAAGGAGAUCGAACGGCCAUCUGCGCAGUUCUUCUGAAUUGGGCACAGACAGUUCUCCGACCCGAAAACCGCGUGAUACACCAACCACGCCGCUGAAGACGGUAACCCCGGUCUCGACAAUCCCGGUUUCACAAAGGUCAGUCAGCCAACCCACCCGAACUGACUCUCCCGCGACCACCAACAGCGCAACCGAAUCCGGCACGAACAUCAGCUCCGAAGCGACCUCAAUAGCCCCAGAGCAGCCUACAAUUCAGCGGCCAGGCUCGAAAAUCCCUCCCGCAGCGGUGUAUCCAGAUGGUCCAGCCGUCAUCCUCCCCCAGUCAAGGGGUGUUACCCCAAUGGAGGUGUUUAUAGAAGACAGUGCCUCAGUCUUUACGGGGACGCCGGCGCCCAUCUCACAGACUCCAGGACCUCCACCACCGCCUCCGGCGCCCAUUCCGGUCACUGUGCCUAAGGUUGACUACCUGCUGCAGCAUGGCGGACUAAACCAGUCGGUAACGAAAAAUCUGCUGCUGGCAGGGAAGCCCAUGGCGAUACAACAGGCUCAAUCGCCGAACCAACCAUCCAUUAUGGUGGCAAAUCUAUUCGAACCUUACGUUGCGCUGCUUGACGAUUUUGAAAAAGUCAUGUCGAAGAACGGUUCUUUAGCCGUUGCCACUGGGUACCGCUCUGUUGCACGCCGACUGCUUGAUCGCCUUGAAGCUGUGUUUGCUCGGGACAUCUCGUCGGAAGCCUGUCAAUGCCCAAUGUGUGAAUACGACCAUGCCGAGGACGUGAGGGGUGUCAGCUGGGGCGAAGUCCUAGAACUGGUUUCUGGCAGAAAAGAUCUCCCGAGUUGGCCACCUUUCGCGUUCACACAGUCGCCGGUGGGGUUAGGAAUAUCCCUGGAGUUUCGUGUGCCGAUGCAGAAACUUGACAUUGAUGUGCCGGAAGAGUACAGAGAACACUAUAUCCGGCAGUCACGCAAGACGAAGCAAAGCGUGGACAAGUGGCUCAGCCGACAGAGCGAUGACCCUAGUUCGCCUCCUGAGGAAGUCGAUGAAGAAACGUUGACGUUUGCCAUCUUGACACAUCUGCCCGCCGAACAGAGGCCGACUUUCAAAAUCUUGCUGGGUAUCGUGGAUCGGCCGAUCGAACCUCCAAGACGUGUACCGACCCCUGAACUGGAGAAGCAGAAUGGCGAGUCCGGCCCACCAAAGCCGACACCAACGCCGGCGCCCGCCCCUAGAGUCCGGCCUCCACACAUCGCAGUGGCUGCGCAAGCGAUUCAGAGGUUGUACCGGUUGGCGAUGAUGCCAAGAGAUUCCGAGGCUGCUUUGUUCCUUCUCAACAACCCUUCAUUGCACAACGCACUGGCCACCUUGGCCGCCAUUUCCAACGACGAGUGGGAUAUCCUGAUCUCUGGCCGCUUUGACGGAUUCCUUAGAAGUGGUGCAGAGGACGUUCCUUUGCCCGAGCAUGUUCCGUCAAGAGGUCCGACUCCAUAUCGGCCUCCCACAAGAGGUGCGACGCCUGGGUACGGCCCUCAAACUAAUGCCACGGGCUACGGGUCUCGCCAGGCCAGCUACUCUCAGCCUUACCCUCACACUAAUGUUAUUCCCAAUGCUCAAUGUGGUGCGCCCAUCGCGUUUGACGAGGAGACGGAGCUGGCCACCCUUGCAGAGAUCGAACGCGACAUCUACGCCGGGAUGGAAGCUCUCGAAGAUGCCUUCGAGGUCUUGCAUAACAAGGCGGAAACCGUUCGUCGGGCCUUGCGAGAGCGGUCGGCUGGUUUGGCCGCCGCAGCGCAGCGAAGACGCGGCUCAGCGAUGGGCGGCGGCAUUGAGGUCCGCAUGGAUACCCCCGCGAGCGGCAUCAUGCCCAACGGGGAAAACGGGAUGGGUUCCGGACGGUGGGAUGCCGAAACUGACGAUGGCCUCGGUGAGUGGGAUGGUUUUGGGGAGAUAGAGCCGGAUGACUCGGCCAGCAAUAUCUCCAGUGCGCGGAGGAGAAGGCCAAAACGGAGAAAUGAGAGGCGGACGCCGGCUUUGAUCGAGGAAGAAGAUGAGAUGGAGGACGAUGGAGUUAGCGAGGCAACAGGGAGUCCGAGGAAAAGAUGA